AUGCGUCACCUGUGGACGGAGUUCACGAUGGAGGAAUCCCCCGCGAUACAGAGCCACAAGUCUUUCCGCACGAAGCAGAAGCUCGCCAAGGCGCAGAAGCAGAACCGCCCCAUUCCCCAAUGGAUUCGCCUUCGCACCGGUAACACUAUUCGGUACGAUACACCCUCCCUCUGUUUCUCCCAGGAAGCCUCUCCUCUUUUUUGUCUCGAUCUCGAAACGGAUCAAAACGCGAAGGGACUACAACGCGAAGCGUCGUCACUGGCGCAAGACCCGCCUCGGCAUCUAAACGCCUCGCCUCCUUCUCUCUUCAAGAAAAUCCCUUACCCUAUCCUGCGGGACUUCCAUAUCAAAACCAUGGAUACCGCCGACCGAACGACGACGCCGCGCUCGACUUGGGGGAAGCAAACCUUUCACAUGAAAUGGGGAGGGUUUCAACUCUGA